GUUGGCGUGGGGACCUGUUCUGCGGGAGAUGGCGCGCACGAAGCAGACGGCGCGUAAGUCGACGGGCGGGAAGGCGCCCCGCAAGCAGCUGGCCACCAAGGCGGCCCGCAAGAGCGCGCCGGCCACGGGCGGCGUGAAGAAGCCGCACCGGUACCGGCCCGGCACGGUGGCGCUGCGCGAGAUCCGGCGCUACCAGAAGUCGACGGAGCUGCUCAUCCGCAAGCUGCCCUUCCAGCGGCUGGUGCGCGAGAUCGCGCAGGACUUCAAGACCGACCUGCGCUUCCAGAGCUCGGCCGUCAUGGCGCUGCAGGAGGCGAGCGAGGCCUACCUGGUCGGGCUCUUCGAGGACACCAACCUCUGCGCCAUCCACGCCAAGCGCGUCACCAUCAUGCCCAAGGACAUCCAGCUGGCCCGGCGCAUCCGCGGCGAGCGCGCUUAAGCUGCUAGUAAUCGCAUCUUCAGACUAUCGAAAACCCAAAGGCUCUUUUAAGAGCCACCACAAGGCCACUAAAGAGAGCUGUAAACUCUUAAGUCCUGUGUAGGAAGUGAUUUCCACCCCCCCCGUUCUUUAAAGGUUCCGUUACAGUGACCGAGAGCCCGUAUCUCACCAAGUAAGUAUUGAAAUGCUCAAGUCAUGUUUCAAAGGGGUUUGAAAGGGUCCCGGCAGUAGAUUGUCGUGGGGUAAAUUCCUGUCGAGGUGAUCGUAUCUCUGGUUGGGGUGAAGAAUUUCUAUAAGUUUUUUCCCAGGGCUGACCUUUUGCCUGUUGAGGAAGAAGCCGUAAUAUUCGCCUUUGCCCUUCUAAAGGGGAAGAGAUCACCUGUAAAUACAUAUCUUUUUAUAAAUGCAUAUAUAUUUUUUUUCUGUUUGUGUGUCUUAUAAGCGUUCGUAGGAACUCGCUGAAUUUGCAAAGGUGCCUUUACAGAGCUCUGAGCUCUCGAUUAGAGGUAAUUAUAUCGUAAAUGCCUCUUGCUGCACUGCGUUUGCUUUAUGUUCUUAUGGUAAAAACAUUACGGUUUAUUGUCCCGACAGGAAUAUUGUGGGUUUUUUCCUGCAAACUUUUUUUUUUGGUGGUUUAUAGGUGUUUUUUUUUUUUUUUUCCCCGGGGUGGGAAGGCGUUUUGUUUCUGAAGUCGGACUGAGCCCUUUCCCGCCCCGCCAGGAAAGGCACUCGGUGGGUAGUUUUCCCCGUCCUUUAUCACUCGUUGUCUGUCCCUGUCGGGAGCGACGUCCCCCUUUAGCCCUUCUCAAGGAUUUCUCUUUUAUUCCGGAGAUAAAUGUUCUGUUUCCAAAGAGAGCUGCGGGAGGGGUGAUGGCAAGGGUUGUGUCUGGGACUACUGUUUUCGAGAGAAGUGUGCUUUCUGCUAGUGUCUUCUCUGGGCCACACUCGUGGCAUCCUGGAUGGGUGUGGGUGUCCUGCCCAAAUGAUUAGGGAUGCCCAUCGAGAAAAUUUAUCCCAAUCUUUGUUUAGGCUCCUGGAAAUAUUUGUUGAACUGAGCACAGAGGAAGUGUUUUUGGAGGAGUAAGAGUGAUUAAAAACUGACACCGAGUACAGAAUUGUCGUUAAAUGGAGACGUUUCCCUAUCCGUCGUAUUCAGUGAUUAUUUCUUUUUCUUUUGGGAGCGAGCCCAUCAGGAAAACGGGCUUUUUCCCUGUCUAAGUUUAGCUGUACAACCCCUUGCCCUCCCAAUCAAUAGAUCUGUAAUAGGUGCCUGAAAAGUAUAGAUUUCUGAAACUAUCUCUCCGUCUCCUUUCUGUUUUUUUUUUUUUUUUUAAAUAUAUUGCAGGCCGUUUUAUGUAACUUGGGGAGCUUGCUGUUCCAUUGAAGUAUUGGAAAUAAUGUCUCUUUAGAUUUCAAUGAUACAAAUGAGUAGCUGUGCCUUUAAGAAACUGAACUGAAUACAGCCACCAUUUAAACUUAGAAACGAGGAGCCAGCGAGAAUUGCUUAGAGGAAAUAUUUCUUUUAGUAAGCUUAAAACUGCAAGACUCUUGCUUUUCUAUGAAUUGCCGAUAGGCUUCAUCUUCAGAAAUCUUCCUUUCUCUGUGUCAGGAGCUUGGACUCUGCAGCAAAAUCUGACCAAUCAAGUGCCUCCACACACCAUUUUCUUUCCCGUGUUUUUCUCACUUUCAGCCAUUUUCUGUUACUUUACCUCGGAGGGGUAAAAGGGAGUGGGGAAAGGUAUCGGGAACAGUACUUCUGGGAAUUAAGACACUAUGUGAUUCACCCUUCCUCCCCCCCCCCCCCCCGCCCCCUUAUUUGUU